AGAAUAUUAUAUAUUAGGAAGAGCAACAAAACAAACUCUUCAAACAAACAAUCUGAACAGAGCUGAACACACUGCACACGUCUGAUACUUCAAAGGCUGCUAUGGCCAAGAAAUCUGCUCAGACUGGGGAGGAACACCUCAGGAUUGUACUUGUUGGGAAAACUGGAGUUGGAAAGAGUGCAACAGGAAACACUAUUUUAGGGAAGAAAGUGUUCGAAUCUAAGAUGUCGUCUUCAUCAAUGACAGAAUUCUGUCGGAAGGAAGCUGCUGAAUGUGGUGGUCAAACACUGGCUGUGGUUGACACUCCAGGUCUGUUUGACACCAGUAAAACUCAAGAGCAGGUGAAAUUAGAAAUUGCUAAAUGCAUUUCUUUCACCUCUCCUGGUCCCCAUGUGUUCCUGGUUGUUCUCCAGCCAGGCAGAUUCACAAAAGAAGAGCAAGACACAGUCAACAUCAUUCAGCUGAUUUUUGGCGACAGAGCAGUCCUUUACACAAUGAUUGUGUUCACGCAUGGGGAUGACAUAAAGGAGGAAGGGGUCUGCGUGACUGACCUCAUCUAUCAAAAUAAAGAUCUCCAGAAUGUCAUCAAUCAGUGCAGAGGAGGAUAUCACGUUUUGGACAACAGAGACAAGGAUAAAUCUCAGGUCUAUGAUCUGCUGAAGAAAAUAAAUACAAUGGUUGUGAAAAAUGGAGGAAGGUGCUUCAGCAAUGACAUGAUCCAAUAUGCCGAGAUAGCCAUCCGAGAAGAAACUGAACGUUAUGACAUCAAUCCUGAUUUGACUGUGGUGCUGGUGGGUCAGGAACGAACAGGCAAGAGUUCAACAGGAAACACCAUCCUGGGAAGGAAGCUGUUUAACUGCAUGUUAAGCACCACCCCUGUAACGCUGAAAAGUGAGAAAAGAGAAGGUCGUGUUCAGGGUCUUAGAAUUUCUGUAGUGGACACACCUGGACUGUUCAGCACGCAGCUGUCUCCACAAAAAGUUAGGUCACAGCUGAUACGAGCUGUAGACCUAAGCUUCCCAGGUCCUCACGUCUUCCUUCUCACAAUCCAGCUUGGAAGAUUUACCGAAGUAGAACAAAAGGGGCCGGAGACUCUGCAGAAGAUGUUGAGUGCUUGUGUCUGUAAAUACACCAUGGUCCUUUUCACCUAUGGAGAUCGACUGGAAAACACAAACAUGGACGAGUUCAUCAGAGAAGACGAGAACCUCCAGGAGCUGCUGAAUAAAUGUAGUGGGCUUUGGCAUGUGUUCAAUAACAAAGACAUGGGAAACAAAGAUCAGGUCAGAGAGCUGUUUGACAAAAUAGAUGCCCUUUCAAAUGGAAGAUCCUCAUUUUAUGAGAGGUCUCUUUUUCCAGCCCAGUCUUUCUUCAGUGUAGUGACUGAACCUUUGACACGACUUUUCAAAGGUAACUUAGUGGGUCAUUACCCAGCAGCUAGCAAACCACCUGUACUACAGACAUACAUGGAGAGAAAGACAAACAUAGAGAGUGAGACAAAAGCAGAGUGGGAAACAAAAAGGCAGAGUGAGACAAAUGUAGAGAGAUACAGAGAAGUUGAGAGUACGACAAAAAUGGAAAGAGACAUAAAAGUAGAGAGGGACAAAAAAUUGGAGAGAGACACAAAAGUAGAGAGUGACACAAAAGUGGAGAGAGACACAAAAGAAAAGAGUGAGACAAACAUGGCAAGAGACACAAAAGAAAAGAGUGAGACAAACAUGGCAAGAGACACAAAAGAAAAGAGUGAGACAAACAUGGAAAGAGACACAAAAGUAGAGAGUGACACAAAAGUGGAGAGAGACACAAAAGAAAAGAGUGAGACGAACAUGGAAAGAGACACAAUAAUAGAGAGUGACACAAAAGUGGAAAGAAACACAAAAGAAAAGAGUGAGACACAAGUAGAAACUGAGACAAAAGAAAAGAGUGACACAAAAGUGGAGAGAGACACAAAAGAAAAGAGUGAGACAAAUGUGGAAAGAGACACAAAAGUAGAGAAUGAGACGCAAGUAGAAACUAAGACAAAAGAAAAGAGUGACACAAAAGUGGAGAGAGACACAAAAGUGGAGAGUGAAACAAAAGUAGAGGGAGACAAAAAAGAAGAGAGUGAGAAAAAAAUGGAGAGUGAGGCAAAAAUGGAUUGUGCAACAAAAGUGGAGAGUGAAACAAAACAAGAGAAUGAGACAGAAAUGGAGAGUGAGAUGAAAGUUGAUAAAACCAGUGAUAUAAACAGUGAUAUAAAAAUGAAUCAGGAGGGGGACGGGGUUAGGAAGAAGAAGAAACAGAGGGGGAAAGUAACAGAACGGGGAAGAGGCAAUAGUGUUAGGAAAAGCUAACCAGACAUGGGGAAGUAAAGACAAGGGUGGUGUUAAUAAGAAGGAAAAGAUGAAGAUAUUUGAGAUAUUUUAAUCUGACUUUAUGUAUUGAUGUGUUUCUGGUUGUAUGUUUGGGUUUAAGUAAUAGAAUAUAGUACGAACUCAUAACCUAUGUUCACUGAUGGCAUACGGUUGUACAGAACUGUUGUUCUGGGCACAUGCCAAUAAAGCAAUAUGUAAUCUUUUGGUUUCUGAUAAACCAAUUUUAUGUUUUAGUGUCUGUAAAACAAUCUACAAUAAGACUGAUUUUACCACCACAAACAACACACCUAAUAAUUAGUUGUAUUCUAUUUUUGAUUUCUUUUUAUGUAAACAAUUUAUGUACAUAUCUAAUUAUUAUGUAAAUAAUUCACGUUUGGUACGAGGGUAUGAAAAGACAAAGUUAGACCGGAUGCAAUUCCAUGUUUGCCUUGUGUAACCGUGGUGAAUAAAAAUGAUUCUGAUUCUGACCUAUAAACAAAUGUCACAACAUAAUGUCAGCUGUGUGUGGAACCCGGAAGUCUGUCUGGGACUUAAGUCAUGUUUCUAAGCCAGACCUCCAAUUCAACCUCAACCUCCAUUCAGAGUAAGGGAGAGGGUUUUAACCCUCCAUGUGAGCUAGUUAGUUCUAGAAUCAGACUGGUGGAGCCUGAUAUCUGUCCUUUUCCUUAUUUCCAGUGGAACCAGUCUCUACUUGGUUACCUAAAGGGACAAAAUGAGACCAACUAUUCCUGGAAUGCUCUUGCACAGUAGACAUUCUUCACUUCCUACCCUGAUGCCCUAUGUCACACUACAGUACCUUAUGAUAUGCCUAGAACAAACAGAUAUACCUGACUUCCCACUACAUACAGUACAUAAUAAAUAUAUUUCAAUUAACCACAUAAUCACACAACUGUUUAAACCUGCCAGCUUUCCAGAGGUGGCCGCUACAAUAACAUAUUUACCUGUCAACGAACUAAACAAACCUAAACAAAAGUGCAGACAUAUCAAUUCAUAAAUUAUAUUUACAGUUAUAAAUGUCCUCAUAAAGGGGAGGAAAGAGAGCAGCAGACAAAAUGCAUGUUGUAAUGGUUCAUUGGAUGAGAAUCUGCCAACUGGAGACAUUAGAGUCCAGAACAGAAGAGACCAGAACAGAGAAACACAGGCGGAAGAAGUACAUUUACAGCAGACAUGACAGGUGAAGCUAGUGUAAGUUAGACAUCAAGUUUUAUUUGCUAAAUGCUUUGCUUGUAUUGUAAUGGGAGGAAAUAAUAAUGCUAAUUAUACUAAUUACACAAAUCCUUGAGAGGUAAUUGUGUUCUUUAGCAACUGUUCCUUCAGAAUGACGUCCAAAACCGUGUACUGUAUGAUCUAGCAGAGCCUCGAUGUUUAGCAGUUUUACAAGCGGGCUGCAGAGACAUUAAAUGCAUGAUAUGAAUUCAUUGUUACAGUGUGUGACAAAAUCAUGUCUCUUCACAUAGUCACAUGCAAACAUCAACUCCAUAGUUAAAAUCUGGGUUUCAGUCAGUUUUACUCCAAAGUAAGCUACAAGAAGAUAAACAGCACAUAAACAAUUCUGUUCAAUUGUAUUCAGAUUAUUUAUAUUGUGCCAAUUAACAACAAACAAAUAAAAUAUUUUUACAUUUAAUGACUCACAGACAUUCUCCAAUUUACUGACUCCUUCCUAAAUGUUGUGUUACGAGGCACAACUGUAUUUGAAAUUACUGUAAUUCACACUUACAAAUGAUAAAGUGCAGAUCCAGCUUCCACCAAAAUGGGAUUGUUAGCCACACAAUGCAUGAAAACAAUGUUUAGAGCAAGUCAGGCAUUUUCAACUCAGAAAAGAAACUACAGCUGUUGUUUUUAUACCUACUGUCGAUAAUUGUGUUACUUGAAUGUACUGAAUUCAAUUCAAUUUAACUCAAUUUUCUUUGUAUAUCACCAAUUCACAAAAAAAGUUAGCUCAAGACACAAAGUAAGGUUUAAGGCCUUACACAGUUAUAUCACAAGAACAAAUCGCACAUUAAGCAAACUCUUAAAUGGAAUAUCAAUCAAUACAUUGUAGUUAAAUGUUUAUUGAUGAAUUUUAAUACAAUGUUAACAGUGUAGAAAACCCUGCUUGGAGGAAACCUCCAGCGGAAUCAGGCUAAGUGCAGGCAUUCAGUGAGCAUUUGUUUGUGUUUGAAUAUCAUGUCACUUGUCAGAGAAGCCAAUGUUGUUGUUUCUUUCCUGGUAUAAAAUCCUCAAUAACUUAGUGUUUUAAGGGUCCUAAGCCAGUUGAUUCAGAGCCAGUUUGCAGGGUUGAGUACAUUUUUUGUAGUCUUGUGAGGUUGAAGAGCCCCAAAGCUUCCAAAGUACACACAUGUCCACCUCAAACUAUUUAUCAUUGCGUUUGGCAGUUUCAAAUGAUUUCAUUGACCAUUGGGGAUUUUCCAUUGCUCUUGUCCAUAGGUUCCAGAGUUCAAGGAAUCAUUUAAAAAAGGGAACACUGGAUAUUAUUAGAUACUAGACUUAGACAUAUUAGACUUAGUCUGUCCCAUAUGUCAUUAGUGGUAUAUGACCCAACAGUUUAAUAGUUUAACAUCAAAUCAUGAUGUCAGGAUCCCUUGGCUGUCUUUGGCAGCCGUUCUGUCUCUCUCUCACCAUGCCAUGCCCUCAGCAUCUCCUUUCCUCAGUGAAGUCAGUGAAAUCCGUUCCACACACCUGUGCCUAUAGUACCCCUCUGCCCCCCCUUUAUAUGCUUACCCAGCCUUCAGUCAGUGCUGGGUUACUGAUACUGCUAUCUUUGUUGGUGCUGUUUGGUCAACGUUUUGACUGUUCCUGUUUUGUUCAGCAUGCUAUUGGAGGAAAGGAGUUUUUGUUCACUGCUACGUUUCGGUCUGGUAUGAAGUUUUGCCUACUGAACCAUGUCUUUGUACUCUUAUGAGUCACGCCAAGUCAUGCUAAGCUAACUUCUAAAUUUAUCUGUAACCUGUGUGCAGUUUUGUUGUCCACUGAACAAUGUCUUUGUACUCUUAUUAGUCACACUUUGUGUCCUAUUUUAGACGUGCAGAGAGCUCAGUCAUGUUCACGCUAAGCUAACACA